AUGCCUACACCAAAACGAUUGCGUGAUUUGAUAAGAGAAAUCAGAUCUGCACGUACAGCUGCUGAUGAAAGGGCAGUUGUCCAAAGGGAGUGUGCUCAAAUUAGAGACACAUUUCGUGAAGAGGAUAACACAUACAGAUGUCGAAAUGUUGCAAAAUUGUUAUACAUACACAUGCUAGGGUAUCCUGCUCAUUUUGGACAGUUGGAAUGUCUGAAAUUGAUUGCAUCUCCCCGGUUUACUGACAAACGAAUAGGUUACUUGGGGGCUAUGCUGUUACUAGAUGAACGACAAGAUAUUCAUUUGCUUGUCACUAAUUCACUCAAAAACGAUUUGAAUCAUCAGACACAGUACGUGGUAAGUUUGGCACUAUGCACAUUGGGAGCCAUUUGUUCAGCCGAGAUGAGCAGGGAUUUGGCAGGUGAGGUGGAGAAGUUAAUCAAAUCUUCCAAUGCCUACAUUAAAAAGAAGGCUGCUCUGUGUGCUGUGAGAAUUUUAAGGAAGGUGCCUGAUCUUAUGGAGAUGUUCAUACCAGCCACUCGGCUACUUCUCAAUGAGAAGAAUCAUGGGGUAUUACUAACAGCCAUAUGUCUGAUGAUCGAGAUGUGUGAGAAAAGUCCUGACAUGUUGGAUCAUUUCAGGAAGAUGGUACCACAGUUGGUCCGCAUCUUGAAGAACUUAAUCAUGGCCGGUUACUCACCUGAACAUGACGUAUCUGGCAUCAGUGAUCCAUUCCUACAGGUAAAGAUAUUGUGUUUGCUGAGAAUUCUGGGACGCAAUGAUCCAGAUAGUAGUGAAGCCAUGAAUGAUAUAUUAGCUCAGGUGGCUACGAACACAGAGACGAGCAAGAAUGUUGGCAAUGCUAUCCUGUACGAGACAUGCCUAACCAUCAUGAACAUCAACUCGGAAACAGGCUUGAGAGUUCUUGCCGUCAACAUAUUAGGAAGAUUCCUAUUAAACAGCGAUAAGAAUAUUAGGUAUGUGGCCUUGAACACCUUACUAAGAGUUGUACACGCAGAUUACAACGCUGUACAGAGGCACAGGAGUACCAUUGUUGACUGCCUCAAAGAUCCUGACAUCUCUAUAAAGAGGAGAGCCAUGGAGUUGGGCUUUGCACUUGUUAAUGGCAACAACAUCAGAGGGAUGGUCAAAGAAUUAUUUGCAUUCCUUGAAACUUGUGACCCGGAAUUUAAAGCUGAUUGUUCAUCUAGUAUUCUAUUGGCUGCUGAAAAGUAUGCCCCGAACAAGAGAUGGCACAUUGACACUGUUAUGAAGGUCCUCACAACAGCAGGUAAUUAUGUUCGAGAUGACAUGGUCUCCUGUCUGAUACAACUGAUUCAAGAAACAAAUGUCCUACACGUCUACACCACACAUCAACUCUGUAAGGCUCUGAUGGCUGACAUAUCCCAACAACCCCUGGCACAAGUAGCAUCUUGGUGCAUUGGAGAGUAUGGUAAUCUUUUAUUUGUUCCCACCGGAUCUGGAGGGAAAGAUGAGGAUGACGAUGAACUUGUGGAGACAACAGAGGAAGAAGUGUUGGAACUGUUAGAACGAGUCCUUGUGAACAACAAUUCAACAUCAACAACAAAGCAAUACGUCCUCACAGCUAUUGUUAAACUGAGCACUAGAUUCACACAUACACUAGAUCAGAUACGUCGACUGAUUAGCAUAUUUGCAGCCAGUAUGAAUAUCGAACUACAGCAGAGAUCCACCGAGUACUCGACUCUCUUCAGGACCAGUGAUAGUAUAAGGAUAGGUCUGUUGGAACAGAUGCCCAUAUUGGACAAGAGUGGUUCCACACUGGCCAAUGGAGACACACCUACCAUUUCAAAUGAUGGCAUGGAGGAUGUGUAUAACAAAAAGAACACACAGUCAGAGUGUCAAAACAUAUUAGAUGUAUUCGGAAACGACUCGCCAACAACGACAGGCAGCACAUCACUGACUGCCAAUCAACUCAGCAACAAAUCUGCACAGAAUGAUUUGCUGGACCUCAUCUUCGACAUCAAUGCUGGCAAUGCUAACAAACCAGCACACCAGCCAGUCAUGCCUAACAACAACAACGCGAGUUUAAUUGAUGGUUUGAUUGGCAUGUCUAUUUCACCUGGAUUUGUAGCAUUCGAGAAGAAUGGCAUAAAAAUCACCUUCCAGUGUCAGAGAGUUGAUGACGUCACCGUCAACAUCACCAUGACGACUGUUAACUCAUCCUCGCAACAGUUCAAUGAUUUCGUUUUCCAGGCUGCUGUACCGAAAACAUUCCAGUUGCAAUUGUUGUCUCCAUCCUCAAACGUUCUCCUCCCAAACAACGCAGGAUCCAUCAACCAGAUCAUCAAAGUCACCAAUCCUAAUAAGCAACCGAUUCGAAUGCGAAUAAAAGUGAACUACAGCAUCAAUGGACAGUCCUACACUGAGCCUGGUGAGGUCAACAACUUUCCAAGUUGCCUCUGGCAGUGA